AUGAUACGUGGUGGUAAUCAUCAUAACGAUUAUCACGGUCACCAUCAUGAUCAACAUCAGAAUCAUUCUGAUCACUAUCAUUAUCAUCAUGAUCACUACCAUGAUCAUGGUAAUCAUCAUCAAGAUCACUAUCAUGAUCACCAUCACGAACAUUGUCGUAAUCAUCAUGAUGAUCAUGAUGGUAAUCAUAAUGAACAUGAUGCUGAUUAUGAUGAUCGUGAUGGUAAUCAUGAUAAACAUGAUGGAGAUCAUAAUGAUGAUGCUGGUAAUCAUGAUGAUGAUCAUGAUAGUGUUCAUGAUUGCAUUCAUGUUGAUCAUAAUGGUGUACAUGAUCCUUAUGAUAAUGAUCAUAAUGAUCAUGAUAGUGCCCAUGUUGGUAUUUAUGAUAAUCUUGAUGGUAAUCAUGAUGAUCAUGAUGUUGCUUAUGAUGAUCAUUAUAAUAGUAAUCAUGAUAGUGAUCACGAUGAUUAUGAUGAUUAUGAUGAUGAUCAUGAUGGCAAUCAUGAUGAUGAUCAUGAUGGUAAUCAUGAUGGUAAUCAUGAUGGUAAUCAUGAUGGUAAUCAUGAUGAUGAUCAUGAUGGUAAUCAUGAUUACAAUCGUGAUGAUUAUGAUUGUAAUCAUAAUGAUCAUGAUGGUGUUCGUGAUGAUCAUGAUAAUCACGAUAGUGAUCAUGAUGGUCAUUAUGAUGGUGCUAAUGACGCCAAUCAUGAUAAUCAUGAUGGUGAUCAUAAAUAUGAAGAUCACUAUCAUCACCAUCAUCACCAUCAUGAUCAUCAUCAUCACUAUCAUGAUCAUCAUGAUCAACGUCAACAUCCUUAUUAUUACCAUUAUGAUCAUCAUGAUCAUCAUGAUCACCAGUAUGUUCAUCAUGAUCACCGCUACGUUCAUGAUCAUGAUCACCGUCAUAAUCCUCAUCACUAUAAUCACCAUCAUGAUCGUCAUGAUCACCAUAAUGAUCAUCAUGAUCACAAGUAUGUUCAUAAUGAUCGCCACUACGAUCAUGAUCAUGAUCACCAUCAUAAUCCUCAUCACUAUAAUCACCAUCAUGAUCGUCAUGAUCACCAUAAUGAUCAUUAUGAUGACCAUCAUGAUUAUCAUCAUCAUCAUGAUCACCAUCACGAUCAUUGUCAUGAUCAUCAUGAUGAUCAUGACGUCAAUCAUAAUGAGCAUGAUUGUGAUUAUAAUGAUCAUGAUGGUAAUCAUGAUAAGCAUUAUGGAGAUAAUUAUGAUCAUAUUGGUGAUAAUGGUAGUAAUCAUGAUGUUAAUCAUGAUGAUCAUGAUGGUGAUUAUGAUGGUAACCAUAAUGAUCAAGAUCGUGAUCUUGAUAACCAUGAUGAUAUUCGUAAUCAUCAUGAGAGUGAUCAUAAUGAUCACGAUCGUGCCCAUGAUGGUAAUCAUGAUGGUGAUCUUGAUGAUCAUGAUCAUUAUCAUGAUAACUAUCAGGAUCAUCAUGGUCACCAUCAUGAACAUCAAGAUCACCAUCAUCACCAUCAGGAUCGUCAUGAUCAAUAUCCUCAUUAUUACUAUCAUGAUCAUCAUGAUCACCGUCAUGAUCAUAGUGAUCGACAUUAUGAUCAUUUUGAUCACCAUUAUUUUUAUAUUGAUCACUACUACAAUCAUGAUCAUGAUUAUCAUCAUGAUCCUUAUCACUAUAAUCACCAUCAUGAUCAGCAUGAUCACCAUAAUGAUCAUCAUGACUACCAUCAUUAUCAUCAUGAACACCAUCAUAAUUAUCAUGAACACCAUCAUGAUCAUCAUGAUCACCAUCAUGAUCAUCAUGGUCAUCAAGAUCACCAUCUUCAUCAUCAUGAUCACUAUAAUGCUCAUCAUGAUAACCAUUAUGAUCACUAUAAUGAUCAUAAUGAUCACCAUCAUGAUCACAAUCAUGAUCACCAUCGCAAUCACUGUCAUUAUGAUCAUUAUGAUCAUGUCAUUUAUCAUAAUGAACAUGAUGGUGAUCAUGGUUAUCAUGAUGGUUAUCAUAAUAAUUAUGAUGGAGAUCAUGAUGAUCAUGUUGUCGAUCAUGAUCGUGAUGAUGAUGAUAAUCAUGACGAUCAUGAUGGUAUUCAUGAUGAAGAUCAUGAUGAUGAUGAUGAUGAUGAUGAUGAUGAUUAUCAUGAUCAUGAUGGUCAUGAUGAUUAUCUUGAUGGCGAUCAUGUCGAUAAUCACGAUAUAACGUUCUCUACUAUUUUACGCGUCCCACGGCGGAGUGUGAUUGUGAACGGAGUCGCCCUCGACGUGCCUGAGCAGUUUGGUGGCCUAUAA